AAUGUAUCUCAAUCUCUUAAGAUCAUCACCAUCGUCGCUUUAUAAGAGCCGGUCUCGCAUAGAAUACUCCGCUCCCGUGCGGUUUCUUCCACCGUCAUCGUCCAAUCAGUGGCGUUCCUGCCGGAUUUCCUGUCAGAAAAUGUCAUGCAAGUCAGAACCCGCGCCUCCCGUGCUCCAAACAGUCACCGUCACCAUAUCAUAUCCGGAGCUUAUAGACAAAAAUGCUGAUUUAUCAAUGAAGAUUGAAGAAGGGUUCGGACCCAAUGGAUUGGGUAUUCUGACAAUAGCUGAUGUACCUGGAUUUUCUUUAUUGCGUCAAAAUCUCCUACGCCUUUCACCUAGGUUAGCAAGCCUACCCGAGGAGGUGAAGAAGGAACUUGAAGAUCCUAAUAGCAGGUACAACUUUGGAUGGAGUCAUGGGAAAGAGAAGCUUGAAUCUGGAAAACCUGAUAUGUUGAAAGGCUCUUUCUAUGCAAAUCCAAUAUUAGACAUACCCACAACUGAGGCACCUCUUAUCCAACGGUAUCCAUCAUAUUGUGGACCAAAUAUAUGGCCAAAACAUGCUUUGCCAGAACUUGAAGUGGCUUUCAAAGCUCUUGGAAAGCUGAUCCUGGAUGUUGGGUCAAUGGUGGCAUAUCACUGUGAUCAAUAUGUAUCCAGAUUGAUGAAAAUUAAAGAGGAUGAAGGCCUAGAGCAGAUACUUCUUCGCUCUCGGUGCCACAAAGGGCGUUUGCUUUAUUAUUUUCCAGCAGAGAAGAGUAAUUGCAGCAAGGAUGGUGAUUCUAUGUCAUCUUGGUGUGGAUGGCAUACAGACCAUGGUUCCCUUACAGGUCUGACAUGUGGCAUGUUUAUGAGAGAUGCUGUAGAAAUACCUUGCCCUGAUAGUGCUGCUGGUCUUUAUAUUAAAACCCGAACUGAUCAAAUAGUUAAAGUUGUCUUUGGAGAAGAUGAAAUAGCAUAUCAAAUUGGUGAGACGGCUGAAAUACUGUCCAGAGGUUAUCUUUGUGCAACACCACAUUGCGUUCGGGCACCUAAGGGAGAGGAGGCUUCUGGUGUUGAACGAUCAACAUUUGCAUUAUUCAUGCAGCCUGACUGGGAUGAAAAGCUUAAUUUUCCUGAGGAGGUGCAUAUUCAUCAAGAGAUUCUAGCUUUGGCAUGACAUUUUUUACUCACUGAAGACUGCAUAGUGAAGAAAAAAAAUGAUGGGAAAGGAUUCCGUGAACCAGAUUCAAGAUGUUUCUAUGACUUUACAAGGCUCAUUCAUGUUAUAAACGUUUUUUUUUCUCCUCAUCCCAAAAUCACCAGGAGUGCUUUUCUAAAGCAGAAUGGAUUAUCUUGUGAAUUUCGCCUGUUUAACUUGAUUAAGUUAUUAGUACCAGUAGAGAAAGCUCGAUAAAUACCACCCAGAUGAGUUUCAGAUGAUUUUCAGA